CCAACAAUCCAGAACAGUUAGUGGAAGGGACAAACAAUUUAAGUCUAAAAUUCAUGAGCCUGAACCAUUGCAUGAACUCUAUACGGAAUGUUUAAUUGAAGUCGUUCUUUGCCUUGAAUAAAUGACUCCUUUUCAUCCAGAAAGCUGCUAAUGGAAGACAGACUUAAGGAGCAUGACACACGAAGAGACACACCUGCUGUUAGACAUCGAAAAGCAUGCAAGGUAAACGAGGUCGGGGAACGUCUCCCCCACGCCAAAGGUUCUCCGCUCUGUGGAGUCAGUAAAAAAAACAUAACAAUCAAUCCCGCUAUCAGACUGACUUCUAAUGGGGAAUAUAAAAGACUUCCAAGACGAGAUGGACCUCUCGGAUCUCCCUGCAGGAAUGACAAUGUUUACACUCUGGUCGUGGUGGUUGUGCUGUCUGUAUGUACACGCUUUUAUAAGAUCGCCGAACCUACACAUGUAUGUUGGGAUGAGACGCAUUUUGGGAAAAUGGGAAGCUAUUACAUCAAUCGCACCUUUUUCUUUGAUGUCCAUCCACCCCUUGGAAAGAUGCUGAUCGGUCUUGCUGGAUACCUGACGGGCUAUGAUGGCACCUUUCCAUUCAUAAAACCAGGGGACAAAUAUGAGCACCACAAUUACAUAGGAAUGAGAGGGUUUUGUGCAGCUCUUGGUUCAUGUCUGCCUCCUUUUGCCUUCCUUAUUGUCCUGGAGCUGUCCAGUUCCACCCCAGCAGCUCUUGUUGCGGCCUGUCUGCUUAUCUUUGACACUGGCUGCAUCACCGUUUCUCAGUACAUCCUUCUGGAUCCUAUUCUGAUGUUUUUCAUCAUGGGAUCUGUUCUGUGCAUGGUCAAAUUCAACACACAGAGCCUAAGACCUUUCAGCUUUUCUUGGGGGUUGUGGCUGCUUCUGACCGGUGUGUGCCUCUCUGGGUCUCUUGGGGUCAAGUUUGUGGGUUUGUUCGUCAUUCUGCUGGUGGGACUCAACACUGUAUCGGAUCUCUGGAUGUUACUUGGGGACCUCAGGUUGUCUCUGAUGGAUUUUGGAAAGCACUUGCUAGCUCGAGUUUUUGGAUUGAUAAUGCUCCCAUCGUUCCUGUACACCACAAUAUUUGCUGUCCACUUUAUUGUCUUGAACAGCAGCGGACCUGGAGAUGGUUUCUUCAGCUCUGGUUUCCAGUCACGCUUAAUUGGAAACAACCUUCACAACGCCUCCAUGCCAGAGUAUCUGGCAUAUGGCUCUAUCAUAACAGUGAAGAACUUGCGGAUAGCAGGAGGUUAUCUGCAUUCGCACUGGCAUCUUUACCCUGAGGGAGUUGGAGUUCAGCAGCAGCAGGUGACAGCCUAUAUGCACAAAGAUUAUAACAAUCUGUGGCUGGUUAAGAGACCUGACGACUCUGAUGCUUACACAGGGACCCCAGAGCUCGUCCGACAUGGGGACAUCAUCAGACUGGAACACAAAGAAACUACUAGGAAUCUUCACAGUCACUACCACAAAGCUCCUCUGACCAAAAAACACCAGCAGGUCACUGGUUACGGUAUUAAUGGCACUGGCGAUCUUAAUGAUUUAUGGCAGGUGGAAGUGUGUGGAGGUAAGAACGGAGAUCCAGUAAAGGUCCUGCGUAGUAAAGUGCGUUUUCUCCAUCGCUCCACGGGGUGCGUGCUCUACUCUUCUGGAAAGACCCUCCCUAAGUGGGGGUGGGAGCAAGUGGAAGUCACAUGUAGUCCUUAUGUCAAAGAAAGCCCCAACUCGCAGUGGAACAUUGAGGAUCAUAUCAAUCCUAAAUUGCCAAACAUCAGUCUGUCUGUGCUUAAACCCACUUUCCUGGAGGUUCUUUGGGAGUCUCAUAUUGUAAUGAUCAGGGGAAACAGUGGCUUGAAACCCAAAGACAAUGAAGUAAAUUCAAAGCCAUGGCACUGGCCCAUCAAUUAUCAGGGUUUGAGGUUUUCGGGAGUCAAUGAGACAGAGUAUCGUGUUUAUCUCCUGGGAAACCCAAUAACCUGGUGGCUUAACCUGUUCAGCCUGGGUCUAUUUGUUGUCAUGGCAACAGUGCUGGCAGUGGCAGUUCAGAGAGGAGUGGAGCUGCAGGAGCAGAGGAAAGUGUGCUAUAACACUCUGAUGAAGGGUGGAGGAAUUUUGUUUCUGGGUUGGAUGUUACACUAUCUACCCUUCUACAUCAUGGGUCGCGUACUCUACUAUCACCAUUACUUCCCAGCAAUGCUGUUUAGCAGUAUGCUUACAGGUAUUACACUGGACGUUUUCCUGAAGAAUUUAGACAUCAUAUUUAGGCCAUCCAUUGCCCAUUAUUUCUGGAGAGGAGGUCACUCAAUACUCAUUUUAGGGUUAAUCUACAGCUUUUACCUCUUCCACCCACUCUCCUAUGGUAUGAGUGGGCCGCUGUCAGAUGACCCCGCCUCCUCAAUGGCAGGUCUCAAGUGGCUGGACUCCUGGGAAUUUUAGACUUUGCUUGAAACUUGAUGAGACACUAGUUCCGUUGUUACCUUUGGAGUGCUGCUACACAUAACUGACUGACAAGUGGAGACAGACAUUUUUCUUACAUGAAGUAUAACAUUUUAAGAAUAUAGACCGAUUCUAUCAGUGUUUCUCUUUGUAGGUUUACUUUCAUUACACCUUUUGUAAUUUCAUUGCUGAAUGACAGUAUUUACUUUUAUGUUAGAAAACAUUAUGAGUGUUUGAAGUAGUAUUUUACACUACAGUUGAAUUUAAAAUACAUUUGGACUGAUAUUAAAUGAAAUAAGCAAUAAAGUGCCUUCCCGGUUUGUAGACUAUUAAAUCAGAAAGUGUUUUAUUGCCAUGUAUGUUUAUACACACAAGCAAUUUGUCUAGGUGAUCGUAGCUUCCAACAAAUCUUGGCCACCAUGUCUUCUUGUAAAAUCGUUUUUUCUGUUAAACAAAAAAAUGAAGCAAAGAAAAGUUUUCGUUAUACAAGCAUUCUUCUUAACAUAGUUAUAUUUAUUUGAAACAACUUGAGGGUAAAUAAUGGCAGAAUUUUUAUUUUAGGGUGAACUGUCCCUUUAAGCUAUUGUCCCAUUUCUCUUAAGAAGCAAUGAUUUUGCACUUUUCCCCUUUUAUGACACCUACUUAUUUAUUUGCUCUUUCAAUUUGCAUUAUAAUCAACAGUCUGCUUGCAAUUCUUUAUCCCCGUGUGCUUUACUUUUCAAAGAGUAGAGGUGAAAGUCUUAGAAAAUGAAUUUCCAUUUUCAUCCCAGUAUGUAGUGUAUUUUCUCAAAUACAAUUGGAUUUUACCAAUAAGUUGUAAUAUUAACAAUAUUUUAAAACUGCAGAAGUAUCAAUUGGUAGGACAUGUUUAUUUACACAACACAUUUCUGUUGUUAUAAAUAUAAAAGCAGCAACUUAUGCAAGAUUAAAACAAAAAUCGUUUGGCUAUUAUUCAUUGUUGCCCUUUAUAUUAGAAUCAUGAUUAUUAAUGCCAGUUACUUAAAAUCAACCAUCUUUGCUAUGUGUAAUACCAUUACUGUACAAUGAUACCGCACAGUAACACAGAAAAUACACUUUCAUAUUAUGACCAUCAUAGUUCCAAUGGAAUAUAUAUAUAUUUUUGCAUCUGGUUGUUUACCAAUACAAUA